AAAUUGCUAUUUUUUGGUUCGACAGGCCCGAGCGGCGCUCUGCUGGUGGAGGAGUGUCUCGAGAGUGGACACUCUGUCGUGGCCGUGGCAAGGAACCCAGACAAACUGACCAUCAAACAUGACAACCUCACGGUUGUGAAAUCGGACAUACAGAAUCAGGAUGAGCUAGUCGCCCCGCUGACGGGAUGUGACGCCGUCAUAUCGUGUUUGGGGUCAAGGGUAUCGAUGUGGUCCACCGUCACCCUCUACACAGACACCAUCAAGGUCAUCGCGGGAGCCAUGAAGGCGGCUGGCGUCAGCAGAUUCGUCGGAAUGGCGUCCUGGGGGACAAAAUAUGAUGCGAAUCAGCCGUUUGUGAUCAAGUAUAUCGUCCGCCCCCUGUUCCUGAAGAGGGUUCUCCUCAACAUGGGGCAGAUGGAGGACUAUCUGGCGGAGUGCGGGGACAUCGACUACACCGUGGUCAGACCUGCCCAACUCACGAUGGACAAGUCAUCAGGCAAAGAGGUACAAGCUGUCGAAGGCCAAUUCGUCCCUGGCGUAACGUAUACAAUUCCCCGCCGCGAUGUCGUUAAGUUCAUGCUGACGUGUGUCGUCAACGGCGAGUGGAAAAGGAAGUUCGUGUCCAUCGGAAUCAAGUGAAGUCACAGCCAGCAAAAUGCAAAAUGAAACGACGACUGAAAAACAGAAUCUGAAUAGUUCUUGAAAAAAUUCUUAUGGAGUCCCGUCAACUGAUCUCAGCGCAUCCUUGGAUGAUAUAGGGAUGUAGCUAACUUCGAGCUGGCCAGUACAGAGAUCAUGGGAUGACGUUGUAUAGCCAACUAAGUGAUUAAACAACCAGUGAGACAAACUCAAUCAAAGAUAUAUGCUCACAUCAAUCACAUAUCAACCGUCGCAGACAUCAUUAGUAGUGGAUCUGGAUACACUUGUUGGUAUUGUUCACGUGACUAUCAAAUUACGCUACAUCAUCAGCAGUGACCAUCUUAAAAAUGAAUUCCAAAUUUCUGUCUUACAUUAAAAAUUCUUAAACCUG